CUAAUUUCAAAUUAUACUAAUUUCAAAUUAAACUAAUUUCACCUAACAGUUCAGUUCACCAACUAAAAUAAUCUAAUUAGCUAAUUAACUUUACAUGAAUAAUUAUCAAAUACUUACCUCGUUUGUCCAAACAGAGUCGAUACGAUGUUGGCCAUGUCCCCAAAGAAGUGUCGGAUCGACCGGACUUGGAUCAAUUGUCGUCGGCGGUAAUCUCAUCGAAUAAGGAUCCAUAAGCCUAGGAACUGCAAAAACAAAGCAACAAAACAUUAAAAAAAACACAAAACAUUAAAAAAAAAAAAUCAAGCCGCCGACGAGAGUCUCACCGCUCAAACGGCCGCCGACUCCACCACGACCUCGCCGGCCUCUCCCACUGCCUCUGCCGGCGGCGACUGGUUCUUCGUCGGAUGACAUCUCGGGCGGUGGCGCUUCUAUCAGCAGCGGCGGCGCUUCAGUCUCCAGCGGCGGCGCUCUACUCGGCAGCGUCGGCGCCUGACUCUGCGGCGACGGCGCCUCAGUCCUGGGCGACAGCGCUUGCGGCUGGCGGCUGGUUUCUCUCUGGUUCGGCCGGUGGGGGGUUGUGUGUGUGGUGUGGAGGAGUGAAGAAGAGGAAGGAAGAAGAAGAGGAGAUAAGGUGGGAGGGGGCCCGAGGUUCGGCAAUUUAAAAAAAAAAAGGUGGGGCGCGGCCGCUGGAUACUCGGGCGCCAGCGCCUAGGACUGGUUCAAAAAAAAUAACUGAGGCGGGGCCGCUUGAGACUGGGGCCCCAGCGCCCAGAACUUGGUAAAACAGCAGCCCCGCCUGAGUCUCUGGUGGUCCCGCCCCAAACCUUACUAAAAACACAAUAUUUAUGUCAUUAACCCUAUUUUUGGUUUUCCCGACAUUCAAGCCAGUAAGUGUUCUUCUGAUCUUCGUGGACAUGACCCAUCUUGCCUGUGACUCUCUUGACCUUGUUCAGUAAUGCACAUCUCAAUUUCAGUCCUGCCUACCAUCAACAUCCCAACUCUGAGAUUGCCAUAGAAACAGAGUCUACUCAUAUUCUAUUUGUUUUGGGAUUCUGAACAAUUAUUUAUGAGUUUUAAUAUCUACACAAUAAAUAAAAGGGCAAUGUCUAUUUUUUACCCAAACCUUUUUUAGAUUCUUUUAUUUUAACCAAACCUAUAAAAAUUCUAUUUAUUAUCCAAACGUAUUAUAGUUUAUCAAAGUCUGGGCAUUCAUUCUGUUACCGUUACUUAUUUCGUCCACGUGAGGAGUGAGAUUUUGUUUUGUUUUUUGAUAAUCUUUUUAUUAAAAAUAGUAAAUGAUGGUAUUCUGACCGCCACGUAGGAAGUCAACUCAUUAUGGUCAUACUUAGUCAGCAUUACUAACAGAAAAGUUGACGGAGAGUUAACGUUUGGAUAAUUUUUAGGAAUUCAAUAGGUUUGGUUAAAAUAAAAGAAUCCGAAAAAGAUUUGGGUAAAAAAUAGACAUUGCCCUAAAUAAAAGCCAAAUGAAAAAACUUGAAGCCUCAUUUCAAAUUUUCUGCAUCCAAAGUAAAAUUAGGAAGGAGAUUUUGGUUUUCACAAUUAUCAUAUUUUUAUUCAUUAAAAAGACACUUACUAGGAUUCGAACCAUGACCACUUUAAAGAAAAGCAAAGAUCAUAACCAAUCACACUAAGUACAUUUGUUGUAUCUUUUCAAAUUAAAAACAUAUAAUCGCAGAGAGGGAAAAACCCUUCCCCCAUUUCAAAUUCUCUGCUCCAGGAGCGUUUGUACGAAGGGUAGAAUAUGGAGUGUCAAUUUUUUUCUUUUUCCUGUGUGGAACGGGCCAACUUACCGUACACAUGCGCAUUUAAACGGGUCCAGGAGUGUCAAUUUUUUUCUUUAAGUCCUUUUAUUUCUCCGUUGUGGUAAUAUAUAUAUAUAAAAAGGCAAAAACAAUACUCCUUUUUAUUGCUAAAUUUUUUUUAAUAAUAAACUAAUGCAUGAAUUUUAAUGGGCUAACCGCUAAUCAUAAAAUAAAAGAGUUGAAUGAGCCUGACCUACACGGGAUUUGCCCAUCAAGCAAAACAAAUGAACAUCAUGGGUUUGCCAUUCUAAAACAAGCUAUUUUCUCUAGCAUAAUAUAUAUUAUGCUAUUAUUUUAUAUCUUAGUGGCUAAAAUAUAAUGUAUUUUAAAGU